AUGUGGGUGGGGGAAGCCCGAGUCCUAGUGGGGACCCAGAUGAAAUAUCUGGGCCUCACUCUCGAUGGGCUUUGGGGAUUCGAACAGCACUUUGUGCAAAUCCUCCCCAAAGCGGACAGGAUGGCGGCUGAUCUAGGCCGUCUCCUGCUCAACUUGGUGUCCAUAUACGGGGCACCGGUAUGGGCCAUAAAGUCCUGGCCAGUCGGCGAAUCAAAAGCGAUGAUUCAUCGCCAACAGCGCCGACUGGCUGUUAGGAUCAUUCGGUCCUACUGCACGACGUUGUUUGUGGCGGCCACGGCCCUGGCGGGCCUCCUCCCGGUCGAGUUUUUGGCGAACUCGUACGCCGAGGUUUAUCGGCGUACGAGGGACCCUGACCGUACCGGGAGUGCCCGUCUAAGACCAGGGGCCGUGGACAAAAUCAGGAAGAGUGCCCGUCGCAGAGCAGUGUCCCAAUGGCAAGAGGUUAUUGCGGACUCUGCGACGGGCAGAUGGACCACCCACGCCAUCCAGCCCUGUCUACCGGAAUGGGUAGACAGGCGAGGACGAGGACUUGAGUUCCACCUGACACAGGUACUCACCGGGCACGGUUGCUUCGGUGACUACCUGUGCAGGAUUGGUCGGGAGCAUACGACGGGAUGUCAUCACUGUGCGGCCAGUCGGGACUCGGCGCAACACACCCUCACCGAGUGUGAGGCUUGGUCGGAGGAGCGCCGAGCCCUGACCGCAGUGGUUGGACAGGACCUUUCCCUUCCGGCAUUGAUUCAGGCAAUGCUGGAAGGGGAGGAUAAAUAG